UGACGAAAUUAUUUUGUCCUUUACCAUUAUAUCCCUCUCAGCUACAUCUGCAAUUAGGGUUUUUCCAAAUUGAAAUGUUUUGUCCUAAUGGAAUACUCGGAAGCAUCUAAUUUUCUCACAAGUACGGCUGAUACAAACCCUAAAUUAGAGUUUCAAUUGUCUCUACCCUCUUCCAAUGCGGAUAUAGAUUCUGAUCUGACCUUAGAACUACCCAAAAAGCUGGAGAAGAAGCAGCUUUAUUUGAAAGAGGGCGGGCGAGAGGAUGAGGAGGUUGCACCUGUUACCGUGGAGGUGGAGGAAGUACAUGAAGAACUAGGGAAGCAGCUCCAUUUGAAAGAGUAUGAGGAUGACAAACAUUUGAUUGAAUUGAACCAAAAUGAAGACUUUAAGAGUGUGGAGAGCAGUGGUCGAGAAGAAGAACACAACAGGAUUAACAAAGAGGAUAAUGAUAAUGAUAAUGAUGGAGUGGAGGAGGAGGAUGAGAGAAGUAAUGGAGACACAAGGCAUCAGUAUCCUGUGAGACCUGAAGCUGAAGAUUGUUCCUACUAUAUGAAAACUGGGACUUGCAAAUUUGGAUUCAAUUGCAAGUUCAAUCACCCUGUAAGAAGGAAAAACCAGGCUACCAGGGAGAAGGUGAAGGAAAGUGAAGAACCAACAGAGAGUCCAGGCCAGACGGAAUGCAAGUAUUACUUGAGGACAGGGGGCUGUAAGUAUGGAAAAGCUUGUAGAUACAAUCACUCAAGAGAAAAACCUCCAAUGCUUCCUGCAAAAACAACAGUGUCCCCUGUUUACGACUUUAACUUUCUUGGUCUGCCAAUCCGACCGGGAGAGAAAGAGUGUCCGUAUUAUAUGCGUAAUGGCUCCUGCAAAUAUGGAGCUAACUGCCGGUUUAAUCAUCCUGAUCCUACAACUGUGGGAAGUGACCCUCCUUCAGCAUUCAAUAAUGGUGGGUCUGCUGCUUUACAGAGUUCUUCACAAUCAAGUGUAGCAACUUGGUCUUCGCCAAGAGGACUAAAUGAGAAUGCCCCCUUUGUGCCAAUUAUGUUUUCAGCAACUCAAGGGGUUACUUCACAAAAUCCAGAAUGGAAUGGUUAUCAGGCUCCUAUAUAUUCACCAGAAAGGAGUAUACAUCUGGCUCCAGCUUAUGUCAUAAGCAAUCCGGCUACAGAUAACAAUGUCUAUGCACAUCAGCAGCAUACACUAGUGGAUGAAUUUCCAGAACGACCAGGUCAACCAGAGUGCAAUUAUUAUAUGAAAACCGGAGACUGUAAAUUCAAGUCUAACUGCAAAUAUCAUCAUCCAAAGAAUCAGAUCCCAAAGUCAUCUCCAUGUGCUCUUAGUGACAAGGGCCUGCCGUUGAGACCUGGUCAGCAUGUAUGUUCAUACUAUAGCCGGUAUGGUAUUUGCAAGUUUGGACCUGCUUGUAAGUUUGACCAUCCAACACAACCAGCUUUAAUGACAGGGUAUGCUGAAGAUCAGACUAGAACGUCUGAAACUGGAAAUGAAAGUGAUACUGCAAUUUAGCAGAAUUGUAAAAUAAUUUUUCGUCAAUCAAACUAGCCUUUUAGGGUCCAUGAUACAGGGGAUUUUAAAUUUUCUCCAUGAUAGUGGAUCUUUUAUUUUACCUUCUCUCUGGUUCAUCUGCCGCAAGAUUUUGAAACUGUGGCGUUUUUCAUUUAUCAUGUGUUGUGUUGCUACAACCCAAAUGAAAUCGGGAUAUGUAAAUUCUCCAUUUAAUGUUC